UUGGAUAUGACAUACUUGAAAUUUCAGCUACCCUGUUAAUUUUAACACUCAUUUUGUCAAACGAAAUUUGUGAAUUGUUCCUGAAAAGGAAAUAAACAAGAAACUCCGUGGAGCGAAUGGGCCGGAGACAGCUAUCAAUUGACACGUGUCAGUCAGAUAUUUUGCGCACAACUUAUAAACUAUUCAACAUUAAAGUCAAUUUCCCUCAUUCACUCCGUCGCCUUUAAGAAGCAAAAAAAAAAAAAACUAGCUGAAAUCCCUCUGUUUUCAAAAAUCUCCGGCGAAAAAUGACGAAUUACGGCACAAUUCCGACGUCAUCUUCCGGUCCGGUAAACGUGGAGUACCUAAGCAGAGCAAAACAAGUAAUAAAAGAAGGUUUAGGUACUCGCCGGCCAUGGAAGGAGAUGUUUAAUUUCCAUUCGUUCAACCUUCCUUCUGGAUUUAGCGAUGCAAUUUCACGAAUCAAGACGAAUUUCUCUUAUUUUCAGAUGAAUUAUGCUAUAGUUGUUCUCGGUAUCGUCUUCCUAAGUCUUCUCUGGCAUCCGAUCUCGCUUAUCGUCUUCGUAGUUCUGAUAGCCGUCUGGUUAUUCCUCUACUUCCUACGUGAUGAACCGUUGAUGAUUUUCGGCCGUCUGAUUUCUGAUCGUGUGGUGUUGAUUGUGCUAUCUAUUGUUACUAUCGGUUUGUUGCUGGUUACUGGCGCAACGUCGAAUAUAUUGAUUUCGUUAGCAGUUGGUGUAUUCGUGGUGUUGAUUCAUGCUUCGAUAAGGAAGACUGAUGAUUUGUGUAUGGAUGAAGAAGCUGCUGGGUUCAUGCCGUCUUCUUAGAUUUCUGUGUUAAUUAAUUUCCCUAAUUACUUGAUGAAGUUUGUCAACCAAUUGUAGUUUUUUUUCUUCUUUUUUUUUUUUUGUGAAUUUAUUUAUGUUCGAUUGAUUGUUUGUAUCAUCAUAAACUUUGGUUUAUUCGUGUUUGAAUUUGAUCACUGUUUGUUGUUA